AUGGCUCCUCCUCAGUCAUCGCACUCGAGGCCCCUCGCCGGAGACAUCGAGACUCUGAGCUACGUCAACAGCAUGAUGGAGGCGUUCCGAGCUUUCGACUCGAACAACGAUGGGCUGAUCACCUGCGACGAGCUCAAGGGGAUAAUGGCGUCGCUCGGGUACAACCGCACCACGGAGGAGGUGAGGGAGAUGAUGACGCGGGGCGACGCGGACAAGGACGGCCUGCUCAGCAUGGAGGAGUUCCUGGAGAUGAACGCCGCCGAACUGGACCCGGGCGACCUUGCCGGCUUGCUCCAGACCGCCGCCGCGUUGCUGGGUCCUGCGGCGGGGGACGACGGGGAUGUGACGGCGGAGAUUCUGUUCCAGGUGCUGAGCUGCGAGGAUGGAGCGAGCCUGGAGGACUGCACGGAAAUCAUAGCUAGCUUGGACGCGGACGGUGAUGGAGCGGUCAGCUUUGAGGACUUCAAGAUCAUAGUUCAAGCUCUCCGCUAA